AUGUCGAAACGCUUAAAUCUAAAUAUUAAUAAUAUCGGUUUUGGACGCGCGGUAGGUUACCUAAGUGGAGUCGGCGACGAUGAUGGUGACAGUGGCAAAAGAAGAAGAUCCAGAACCAACUUCAACUCCUGGCAGCUGGAGGAGCUGGAGAGAGCUUUCCUUGCGUCGCAUUAUCCAGACGUCUUCAUGAGAGAGGCGUUGGCUAUGAGGCUGGAUCUCAAAGAGAGUAGAGUGGCGGUCUGGUUUCAAAAUCGUCGAGCAAAGUGGCGGAAAAAAGAGCACACGAAGAAAGGCCCAGGUCGACCAGCUCAUAACGCACACCCGCAGUCUUGUUCUGGAGAACCUAUCCCUCCUCACGAAUUGAGGGCCAGAGAGAGGGCGAGAAGAAGAAAGAAGCUGGCAAAAGCACUUGAAAGGCAAGCAAGAAAGCUGCGGGCGAAAGGUAUAGCAGUGGACCUGGAAGCCCUAAAAGCGGAGUACUUAGCCCAGCAUAGAAACACAGGCCUCUAUUCCGACUCCGAUGGUGAAAUCGAUGGAGAAGAGUGUAUGAUCGAUGUGGUAGGGGGUGAUUCUUGUCAUGACUCCGGUCCCGAAGACUUUUCGCUAGCUGGAAGACUGCGCGCACCAUCCGGCGGGGAUGGAAUCAACAAUUCUGACAGUUCAACAUCAGAUGGCCAUUCUGGAAGGAACUUCAGCCCAUUACCUGACCCUCAACAGUCGUUCUUCAAACAUUUCGGCGCCGCGGCUAACUUCGAUAAGUUUGAUUUUGAUUCGGGCCGAGCGGUGUCCUUAGACCUGAGUGGGACGUCGUCAGAGCAGGGUCUGGCGAAGAAUGGAGGAGUACGAAAACACAACCCGUUCAGUAUAGAAUCAUUGCUUAAUACGUGA